AUGGAGACUCUGUUGGCCCAUUCUUUCGACUAUCUUUCCUCCUACGAGCCCAGCAAGGUCCGGAAAGGCCUGCGCCAGGUCGAGGGCCUGCUGGCCCAAAUAUGCCUCUCCAAAUCCAAGUCCCCGAAAUCUCCGACCGACCGUCGGAGAUCCUGUCUGGCCGUCGAAGCCCAGCCAGUGCCCAAGGCGCUGACCGAUCUGCACGAUGAUCCGGCAUUCAGGGAAUUUUUCAAACUGCAAGAGGGUUUUCAAUGGAAUGUGGCUAUGCGUCUAGUAUCAUGUCUCGAGCAUCUACUGGGCCGCGGCAGCAAUGGUACAAAUGAUAUGCUCAUCGUUUGCACUCUCGAUCUCAUCCAAGGAGCGCUCCUCCUCCACCCAUCUUCGCGCACGCUUUUCGCCCGCGAAAUCUACAUGAACCUCCUCCUCGACCUGCUCGACCCGAUCAACUGCCCAGCCAUCCAAUCCGCAACCCUUCUAACCCUCGUCACGGCUCUACUGGAGUGCCCGGCCAACACCCGCACAUUUGAAGAUCUCGACGGCCUGCUCACCGUGACAUCGCUGUUUAAGCAACGCGCCACCUCCCGUGAGGUCAAACUCAAACUCGUCGAGUUCCUCUAUUUCUAUCUCAUGCCUGAAACCCCGAUCCUGGGACCCGGUGUCGCCAGUCCGCCGGGGCUGCAGCGCAGCCCUAGCAAGCUCUCGUCGCGCCCGCACUCGCAACACUCACAUGCCCCUGCUGCAGCAGGCAAGAUGGCCCGCGAUACACGUACAACGGAUGAGAAGCAGGCUCUGCUCGGUCGCUAUUUAAACAAUGUUGAGGACCUGGUGGAGGAUCUCAAAGAAACCGCUCCGUUUGGGGCAACGGUAUACUGA